AUCAAACCUCGUUGUAUCGUUAGUAUGACUAACACAUCACAAAAAAGUUGACGUCACUUAGUGACACACACCAGUUGAUACAAACUCGCCUAUUGCUAUUCAUUUGUUUAAAUAAGUAAAACAAACCAAAGCAGGUAUUCCACCGGUGUCUUGUCUUACCUGUUGGUUCCACCACAUAGUUUCAUUAACAUACGAGAAGUUCGUUGGUGUUUUGUAUUCUAUAAGUUUUUCAAGCGGUAAAAUGAUUAGCAAUAUUAGAAACAUAACUAACGACUUUCUGGAUAAUGAAAGGAAUAUUUUUGGUGAGGUGGGCUGUGUGCAAAAUGAAAGUGAAGGUGUAAUGAUUCAGACCAUUGAGUCGAAAACAGUUGAAACUGUUAAUACAGAUGUUAUCCAAAGAGAAGAAUCGAUGUUAUCAAACGACUGCUUGGAAACCUCAGAAAUAAAUAUAACCAUAGAUGAAAGGACUGAUUACUCAGGAGAAACACCAAAGAGAUUUACUACAAAAUGUUAUUUAACACCAAAGACUGUUCCCUAUUGGUACAACGAAAAUCUACUUCUGUUCCUAAAUUCCACGAAGAGAAUAUAUGAAGAGAGAAUAUAUUGUAAGGAAAAAUUCUUCCCACGUAAAUGGUCAGAAAGGAUGUGGACGGAAGUAAUGUAUAAAGAACGGCCCACGCAUUUUGUUUCAUCCGUGGAUAUUCCUGUACCGGAUAUUUAUAUACCUUUAGGAAAAGUUGCUGCAUGAGCUCUAUAGAUACCAAAGAGUAAUGGACUUCCUUACAUUCCUUAGUGUACAACAGUUACCAGUAUAUAAAUAGCCAUGUUAAAUUUGAUAUAAUAGUUUUUUGUCAUUUCUUACUUAUAAUGUAUAUUUCAGAAUUAUAAAAUAAAAUCUA